AUGUUCUGUUCACGGCACCCCCAUCGUCUCCGCACACGGGACAAUCGCGCCCUCGGGCUGGGCAUGGGGACACUGGGGGUCCUCCAGAACAUCGGCAUCCUUCACGCGGCCGUGAUGACCUCCUUUCUGACGGACCGCAUACCUGAUCAAAUCCGGUGGGUUCUUCUCCUCAGUCGACAAGGCAAGGUUCGCUUGGCCAAGUGGUACACCACCACGACACAGAAGGAGAGGGCGAAGCUGCUCAAGGAGGUGUCUCCCCUGGUCCUAAGUCGGGCCGCCAAGCUCUGCAAUUUCAUCGACUGGAAGGACCAGAAGAUCGUGUACAAGCGCUAUGCCUCUCUCUAUUUCGUCAUGGGAGUAGACGCAGAUGAGAACGAGCUCAUCACCCUAGAGAUCAUCCACGAGUUUGUUGAGGUGCUCGACAAGUACUUUGGCAAUGUCUGCGAGCUGGACCUGAUCUUCAACUUCCACAAGGCGUACUUCAUCCUGGACGAGCUGCUGCUGGCGGGCGAGCUGCAGGAGCCCAGCAAGCGCGUGGUGCUGCAGAAGGUGGAGGCCCAGGACCAGCUGGUGGAGCAGGUCAAGUCGGGCCUGAGCGACGAGAAGAUCGUCAUCACCGGGCCCAGGGGCUGA